CUGGGAAAAUAGGACAGUGACCUUGGAAACACCAAUGCUCCCUUGAUCGACUUUUUAACAAAAAGAACCUCAGGGCUACCAGAGCGAAGGCCAUGACCAAACUACUUGUCACGGUGGAAGGCACAGUAUUUGAGACAGAGAAAGACCUGCUGGUGGCUCACAGUGAAUAUUUCCGUGCCCUUUUCGAUUCUGGGAUGAGAGAGAGCACACAGAAUGAAAUCCAUCUAAAGAGCUUAGGAGCUUUAGGAUUCUUGAUUACACUCCGGGUAAUGGAAGGUAAGAGACCCCUCCUGACACUGGAUGAAAUUGUACAAGCUGUAGAAUGUGCAGCUUUCCUGCAGGUAGUACUCCUGACCAAGCACUUGGUGAAUUUGAUAGAUUCAGACAACUGUCUGGAGAUGUAUCAAGCUGCCUAUACGUAUGGACUGAUUGACCUGUUCCAAAAUGCAGCUUUGUUCAUCAGGGACAUUUAUGAAUCUCUAGAAGAUAAUUUGCGAUAUCUGCCCACCGUCCUUCAGGAGUAUCUAGAUUCCCUCAUGCCAAGUAGGUUUGUUGCAGUUGGCUCCCAUACCCCAACUAUUGAGUAUUUUGAAGAUUUCUCCCGUACUAUGAGCUAUUUGGAUGAGCAAGAGAACCAGUGGGAGAGCCUGGGCUGUAUUCCAGAGGAGGCAAGCACCUUCCUUGCUGGUGUUGCAACUCUUGACAAUAAGGUCUACAUUGUGGGUGGUGCGAGAGGGGCGAACAAAAAAGUGGUCGAAAGAAGUUUCUGCUUUGAUGCAGAGAGCCAGACCUGGAGUGAUUUUGCAUGUCCUCAUCAGCUUCGAUAUGAGGUGACACUUGUUGGACACGAGGGACACCUCUAUGCCAUUGGAGGAGAGUAUGAAAGAGCUCCUUUAGCAUCUGUAGAGAAAUACUCUCUCUCUUCUCAAACCUGGAAUUUUGGAAAAGAGCUUCCUCAACCUAUGGCAGGUCCACCUGCUACAAAGACCAUGGGAAGGAUAUUUGUAUGCCUCUGGAAACCACAGGACACGACCAUCAUCUAUGAGUAUGAGACCAUGAAAGAUGAACUGAUUUCAGUGGCUUCUCUAAAGAGGAUGCAGAGUUAUGGCCACUGUAUGGUAGGACACAGAGAUAAUUUGUAUAUUAUGAGGAACGGGCCCUCUGAUGAUUUUCUGCGAUGCUCAAUUGAAAAUUUCAAUCUUACCACCCAGCAGUGGAGAACUUUGUCGGGACAAUAUGUCAACAGCAAAGGGGCACUUUUUACAGCUGUAAUCAGAGGGGACACUGUCUUUACCUUGAACAGAGUGAUAACACUACUCUACAAGGUGGACAAUUCCAACUGGAAACCAAUAAAAGAAAAGGCUGGUUUUAAUAAGGGAGGGAACGUGCAUACAUUUUUUCUUAGGUUGCCCAAAAAGACAGAUAUUACAGUAAAUAAGGUCAACAAGAUUCAGUACCACUGUAACUCAAAAACAGCUGAACCUUCCUUAUAAAAUAAUAAAACUCUUGCAAUUGCAAAUAAAAAUGGUUCUGCUUUAACACUCCAAGCACCAUAAUUAUUACAGCACAUUGUAAUGGUUAUGGUGCCAGGAGUGGCUUGGAAGUUGGCACCCUCCCAGUUAAGUAGUUAAACCACUUAAUAAACAGUUACAGCGUACCUUGGGUUUUUUGGGUGGCUGCCACUGCCUCCUCUGCAGCUGGAAGCUCUUGCUGCUAAUUUAAGCCCCAUAGGGCAGGACUUUACUCAGUGGCCUAGCUAGGCUUUCCUCAGUGGAGCCAACUGGAAACUCCUUGCAGGAGCUUCCAGCGGCAGGGGAAGCGGUGGCGUGGGAGGAUCCAGUUGUCAAACCUUGCCUAAACGUUUUGAGUUCUUACUCUGGAAGGGUGCCAGGGCAGCUCUUGCAACAUAAACACUACAGCAGAAUGUAUUGGUUAUGGCAUUUGGAGUGUUUCUUUAACCCCAAAUACUCCUUCCUUUCAUCAAAUAAAAUAAUGAUUUUAGGAUUCUUAAUCCAGCCAAUAGCCUCCUCAUUCAUGACAGGUCCUGAAAACCAAAUUCCAAAUUUGAUUAUGUCUUAACACCCUAAUCAGUUUCUAUAAAAUUUCUCCAAUUGGUUAAAUGUAUUUAUGUAUAUUGUAUAACUGUUAAAUACACAGAGGCAGUUCAGUGGUGAUUAUGAAGGCAGCAAAAACGUCAUUGUAGGCAAUGAGAGAACUAGUCAGGAUGGAUGGGGUGUAGGAUGGAAGAGACUUUAAGAUAAGAAGUCUACUUAGGAGCACAUCACUGCUGUAACUUGCAUGACAGACAUGUUUAUCUAAUGACUUCCCCUACCAGCCAAGUUCAGGAAUAGGCAUGUAUGAAUUGAGUGUAACAAAGGGAUUGAAUAUAGCAUAUGCUGGUCACCAUAUAUAGUUACUGUAGUUUUCCUCUCCUCUGUAAACAAUAGCAGAGGGGGUCGAGAAAGAGAGAACUCUUUGUACUACAACCUGAGCAUGGAGCAAUAAGUGGUUGUAGUGCUUGAAGUAUCCUUUAAUAAAA